AUGCUGUCGCUAGGGCUCCCCGCGCCCACCCGCCCGCCCACUGGCUACGUACCUGCGGGUGGCUGGAGCAAGGCAGCUGUAGGAGGUGUCUGGCGGCCUCCCCGAGCGGACCGGAGUGGAGGGAGGAAGUUUCGCCCCAGAGUGAAUGAAUGACAUGAUGUCAAAGUGACCCAAGAUGAAAGGAGAGGAGGCAAGACAGAGGCGGAAGGAAGGGCAGCUGGGAAGUGAGGAGCAGCCCCUGGCUGACGCUGUGCCAUGGACCUCCCGCGAGAGACAUCUGUUAGACGCCGAAAAGCCUCAGGAAGAAACAGCUUUGAUCGUUGCCCUUCAAGUGUUCGUACCCUUUGUGCUUGCAGGCAUGGGAAUGACCAUGGCUGGAAUGUUUUUGAAUUAUAUCCAGCACUGGACCGUGUUUGUGGAGAUCAAAGAACUCUUAAUCCUGAUACCUUCCCUUUUGGGCCUAAAAGGGAACUUGGAAAUGACUUUGGCUUGCCGGCUCUCCACAGCUGCUAACACUGGGAAGUUUGAUGACCCUCGGCAGCAGCAAACCAUGAUCAGUAGUAACCUUGCUCUGAUCCAGGUUCAGGCCACAGUUGUGGGCCUACUGGCUGCUGUUGUUGCCCUUAUCCUGGAAGCCAUCUCUGGACAGAAUCUUGAGUUGUCCCACAUCGGGGUCCUGUGUGCCAGCAGUAUGAUCACAGCCUUCAUGGCCGCCAUUUUCUUAGGAAUACUGAUGAUAUGCGUGGUGCUGGGUGCUCAGAAGAUGGGGAUCAAUCCGGACAACAUCUCCACACCCAUCGCAGCCAUGCUCGGAGAUUUCGUAUCCCUAUGCAUUCUAGCAGGCACCAGUAGCAUCCUGUACAGAUAUAUAGACCUAUAUUACCUGUUCCCAGUGAUCUGUUUCUUCUUCUUCUCCCUGAUCCCAAUAUGGAUUUUCAUAAUAAACAAGAGCCCUUCCAUCACCCAAGUACUGAAGACAGGCUGGUUUCCCAUCAUCACGGCCAUGUUAAUCAGCAGUCUUGGUGGGCUCAUCUUCAACAAAACCAUAACUGAACAAAAGAUCAGUGCGAUGGCUGUCUUCACUCCAGUGAUAAAUGGUGUUGGUGGUAACUUGGUGUCUAUCCAGGCCAGCCGGAUCUCUACCUACCUGUAUUCCUGGAGUUCCCCUGGAGUCCUGCCACACAAUAUGAGGAGCUUCUACCCCGAUCCAUGUGCUACUUUCUGUUCUUCAGAAAUCAACUCUGUGUCUGCCCGAGUGCUGCUGUUGCUGGUCAUCCCUGGCCAUCUGAUGUUCCUCUUCUUUAUUUACAUGAUGGAGAAAGGGGAGAUUGAGAUAAAUCUGCUGUUUGUGGUCUUUUAUCUGGUUGCUUCAUUGACCCAGGUGCUGAUCCUACUAUACCUGGCAGAGAUAAUGGUGAGGCUGGUAUGGCACCGGUCCCAGGAUCCUGACAGCCACUGCAUCCCCUACCUCACUGGAAUGGGGGAUCUGCUGGGGACUGGCUUACUGUCCCUCUGCUUUCUCUUAGACUCCUUCUUUAUCAAUAUGCAUCUGAAAAACUCCAAUAUCGUGGAACCUGGGCCUCCCUAGAAAUGAGGCAAGAAAGCCCAAGACACUUUAUUCUCUGAUCUUCACAGCCUUCAGAGUCCUGAAAGCAAGUGGCCCAACAGUCAGACUAAAAGGAUUUUGGGGCCUCUCCUUAUAACCCUCUCUGCCAAGAAAAUCAUCUCAUGCAGCCUCAGGCAUUCUUACCUGGCCGCAGCCCAGAACAUGGCUUGUACAUACAUCUGGAUGCCAGUGUGGCAUGAGCUUCCCAGUGGGAAUGGUGUCAAAGAAGGGCCUAGCAUGCCUUUGGGAGGCCACACAAAUGAGAGGGAUGCUGUUCUGGUCAGAUGUCCUGGCUUCUCCUCUCAAUGGCAGUACCCAACUUGGAAAACUUCAGAGCUGCUGUUUGGAUCUACCCCUUACCUCUCUACAGCUGUCCUGACCCCAAGACAAAGCACUUCCCAAGGGGAGUACAGCCAUGCCCCUGGGCCCUGACCAAGGGCACAAUAUCCCUCCUUGUUUCAAGUUACUUCAUCUCAACUCUUUCCCCAAAAACCCUGUUAGGAAACUCAGUGUUUGAAAAGUGCAGAAGUAAAUUAUGUAGAAUUUA